ACCUCUCCAUCUUCCACACCUCACCACCUCCCCACACCUCACCCUCCUCCCACACCUCACCAGAGAGAGAAACAAGGAUAGGAAGCAGCAGUUGAAAAUAACACUGAUGUGAGGAGGUCAGUGGAGAAUCUGGACAGAGGGAGGAACAGGAAGUAGGUAAAGAAAAGAGGAACAGGAGAGGAAAUACACAGAGAAGUCUCUUUAUAUGUGAAAGGGUUCAUAAAGGAAAAGUGAGAAUCUUUACUGAGGAAGAAAAAUCCACUGUGAAGAAAACUGUAAAGAGAGAAGGAUGAAAAGAAGACAAGCUGGAGAAAAGAAAGAAAAGAGCAUGAAAAAGAUCAGGAGGAAACGUGAGCAAGUGAACGGAGAAAGAAACAAAGAGGAAAAUAAAGGAGUGAAUGUAAAGAUUCUGUCGCCAUCUGGUGGAAACAUGAGGAAUUACACCGAUAGUUUAUUAUAAAUACAGUCAACAUUCUACUGUGUGUGUGUGUGUAUGUGUGUAUGAGAGCGUGUGUGUGUGUGACUAAAACAUAAACCUCUCAUUACUUCUGUAAAACUGAUGGAGUUUCUCUCUGUGACUAGACGAUGGAUUAAUAACCACUCCAUUAAAAUACUGACCAUAUACUCACAGAAUAGAGAACAACAAUGUGUGGCGGGAAACACACACACACACACACACACACACACUGUUAACUUGUAAACGUGUGAAGAGUAACUGAUGCACUCAGUAACUGGUGGACUCAGAGCUUUGGUUCCUCUUGUUGCUCUCAGGAACAUCAGCAUGCUGAAGCCUUCAUGAGCAGGAAGCAGAGACCAGUGUGCAAGAGUGUGUAGGAGUGUGUUUACACUCUAACUGUCGUGUUCACUCAUUUCAUUUCUAAAUAAAUCUCAGAGGCUCCACAGGAGGUCUUUCAUCAUCCUAAGCUCCAAAAAACUGUUGUUAUUUCAUCUGCACUUUGUCCGGGGUCACUGCAGCCAGUCAUUUGGUCAGUAGGUUUUACCCCAGAUGACCUUCCUGAGCUUCAUUAAGUAACUUUGUAAAAUAAAUAAAUGAAUGAAUGAAUGAAUAGAUGAAUAGAUGAAUAAAUAGAAUUAAAAUAAAAUCAUUUGUUUUUUCUCCUGUGUGGAGGUUCAGCUGAUGUCAGGCCUGUGAACACUGACCACAUUCUGCAACUGUGUGUGUGUGUGUUACAGUAGGUGUUGCUGUGUCAGUGUUUUGUUUCCAGUUAAAUAGUAAAAUUCCGUCUUUGCUCGCUUCACACGCCUCGGACCCAGACGAUGAAGCGAGAAUCUAACAGACAGAUGGUGAUGUUUUCCCUCGUUCUGCUCCUCAUCUCCCUCUCGGUGACCUCCUGCUGUCGAGUUGCUCCGGUCACUGAAUGUCAUAAGUUUUCCUUCGUUCCAGGUCACAACCUGGUGGGCGAGGGCUUCGACAUCGUGCGCAUGAAAACCACGGGUGCGUUUGUGGUCAACAUGAAGGAGGACACCACAAGUGGUGAGUAUGGGAACUGCACCGUCUGCACCAACUCUCUGCUGGAACGAGAGCAGAAGCUUCCGUCCGCCCUCACCGACUGGCGCGUGAAGGUCAACUGCAAACGCAGCCUCAGCGCCCGGGUGUUCGAGUCCACCAGCUCCGUGCUGAAGCACAGCACCAGUUCAGCCAGCGUGGGUUGGAAGGUGGGUCUCGGACUGCCCAUGGUGGCCGGCGUAGCGGUUGGAGGAACACACUCCAAAUCCUCCACCUUUGCACGUUCCAAAGCCUCCCAGGACAAGUUUUUCUUCACCAACCAUGAGUUCUCCUGCAGCUACUACACUCUCAGAGUGAAGAUCCAACCUCCUUUGACCAAAGAGUUCCUGCAGGCAGUGAAAUCUCUCCCAGUGUCCUAUAACAGUCAGUCUGAGUCGGCAUAUCAUCACUUUCUCUCCAUCUACGGCACUCACUACCUGCGUCAGGUGAGACUGGGUGGUCGUGUGCAGACCACCACCGCCGUGCGCACGUGCCAAGUGGCCAUGAAGGGUCUCUCAGUGCGGGACGUCAGUAACUGUCUCUCUGCCGAGGCGUCAGCUGUGAUCCAGGGCGUGGAGGUUAAAGGCCAGACGAGUUACUGCAAGAGCAAGAGCAAUCAACUUGAGAAGAAAAACAGCUUCAGCGCCUUCUUCUCGGAUCGUGUCACUGAGGUUUUUGGCGGCAACGGAGGCAGUGCGGAUCUCCUGUUCUCCCCGAAUAAACAGCACGGAUACGACGCGUGGAUGAAGACGCUGCGGACCAUCCCCGGAGUGGUGUCCUACAUGCUGACGCCGCUGCACAUACUCGUGAAGAGCGACUCGGCCAGGCGCAAAGGUCUGCAGAAAGCCAUCAGCCAGUACGUGAUGAAGAACGCCAUGUCCUCAUCCUGCUCCUCCAAGUGUAAAGUCGGACACCGUAGUCCUGAAUGUGCGUGCAAAUGCAGCGGGCAUCAGAACAUUGACUCAAACUGCUGUCCGAGUCACCCCGGAGUGG